GUCUCCAUUUAUGCACGAGGAUUUCCUACGUGCUCCUCAAGUGUUACAGUUUUACAUAGCCAGAUGAAAUUGAGUUGAAACGCCAAAACAUAUGAUAUCGGCCGCGCGAGGUGUCGUCCACGGCUGGGGCAAAGCCACCAACCUGGGAGGCGAAAGGCCGUUUGUUCGUCCGUGCGAUGUCUGUACUCACAGCUAAUACCCUUCGGCGCGGUUGGGAAUCCAUACAAAUGGUGUACGGACGCUAUGGUUUCCAACCUGGUGAUUGCCCAGCGAAAAUCGUCAGUCCUGUCCAGCCCGCCGUAAGCAUGAAACGCAAACAACGCAGAUACAGGACUACGUUCAACUCGUUGCAACUGCAGGAACUCGAACGGGCCUUCCAGAGGACACACUAUCCGGAUGUAUUUUUCCGCGAGGAGCUAGCCGUUAGAAUUGAGCUGACUGAAGCACGAGUUCAGGUGUGGUUCCAAAAUCGUCGCGCAAAAUGGAGGAAAAAUGAAAAAGGUUCUUCGCGGGAAGAUGGGGAACCUAGUGACUGCGGUGCAGCGAUGAUGACCAGCGGGGGUGGGGGAAGUAAUAGUUCGGGAGUUUUGCGGAAUCCCGUUGAAGAAGUUGGUAUGGGCGUAGGUGGUUACGACAGCAUUGGACAGAACAUGAACUUGGGCAGUAUGACGCUCAACCUGCAGGAGAAUACUUCCCAAGGUGCGGGAUUUGAUCCAGAGGGAAAGUUGUCCCUGGGGCAGAUGUCACCGGGACGAUUAUCGCCGAAUUUGUUCCUAAAUCUAAACUUUGACCACAUCAACCCGGUGGACGGACGGGGUGGAAACUUGACCUUUGAAUGGAACAGCUUCCCGACGGUCAGCUCAAGUGGAAAGCCAACGUCAACGUUUCCGAGUACGCUUACCGACAUAAAUGGGAUUAUGUGCAACGCUACGAGUAUAGGCUCAACCAUGACAUCAUCAGCAGGAAGUGCUGGUCCGUCAACGUCCGCUUCCGUGAACACCAACAGUGGGCUGCAUUACCUCAACAUCAACAGUCUGAUAAACUCGUCGCCCCCAUCGUCUACAUCAGUGUAUGACGACGAAAUGAAGUUCUUGAACGUAGAUCAGUUUAACAUAGAUAGCUUCAAAAGCGAAUCGCUGUUCAACCUGGACCAGACUCUUUUAGCGCCCAGUGAACACCCAAUGAUACAACCCAACGGGAGUGGUCCACCGUUGCACCAGUAUACACAGCAACAUUCCCGCUUCGAUGCCGACGAGAAAGCACACCUUAGCUUAGAUCUACACAACUUCAAUCUUAACGAUAGCAAUGAUGCCAACGACCACCAUCACAACGAGUCGUCGUGCAAAACGGACAAGUCUUCCUCGGAACUGCUGGACCUGGAAAAGCCACCCAUCAACAUCAACAUCAACGUGGACAGUUUGGACCACCUGGAUGAUGACAAGUACUGAGGAAAAACUUUUCAAGAUGGCCGCCAAAAUAGCGGUGGCAAAGUGCCAAUGAAAAAGUUCAGUUCUCCGGUGUCAACAACUUAGUUGAUCUGUCGUGGUUAUACAUUUAUUUCAGGCGAAUAACCUAAAAUAACCCUGUUUGGAUAAUUGCGGUGUACAGUGUUAUCUAAAUAAGCUAGUCAGCCCCUCAACCAUAAGCAAUAGAGAAUGCAAUUAAAUCUAGUCAAAUUGGAGCAAAAGCCGACACUAUGUUAAUGAAAAAAUAUAUAAUACUAAAUAGUUACCAAAAUGCCAACUUCAGAAAACCGUUAAACCUUUCUGUUGACUAGGAGAAACCAAAAAAAGGCAAAGAAGAAAAAACGUUAUAUCGAUCGGGCUUUCCCAGUGUUCAAUCAAUCAAUGAGUACACUGGAACCACCUAUAUCUUGAAUAGCCGAGUAGAGUAGAGUACAAUUUAUGUUUUGUUUUAGUUGAGAAUAAAGUUCGAAGAAAUACAGAACAAUAAGCUGCUUUUUUGAACGAAAGUAUAUACGGGGAGGAGGUGGAGGUGUCCCAACCGUGUGUGUGUAUGGGGACCGUGAAUGGCUUCCGCUGCCUGGCUUUGCACAUGUCCCGUUCCGUUGCCAACGCAUGAACAGCGUAAAAGGAGCCGCUGACACGAGACGGGGAAAAAAUCACUCGCUCUCACUGUAAUGCGUGUGCCACAACUGUGAUGGCAAAAUGUGAUCCAACAGCUUGGUGUUAAUUUCACAGGUGGAAUUGAAGUGUGCCUUAGUUUGUACUAGUUGUGCUAUUGAUUCUGUGCGAUAUUGUUGAUAUCAACUCAUUGUUGUACUUAUAAGUUAACCCAAGUAGCAUCGCGAAACAUGUUUCAAAUGGCUAAGUCCAAACUAUGUUAUAUCAGGGGCGUAAAAAAGUCACAUUUGUUACAACCAUUUGGAUCUUGUGGGCGACACUUAUUGACAACUAAUUUGAAACAAAAUAUAAUGAGUGUCUUUGACCUUCUCCUUGCCUCCUGGGAAACUGGAAAAGCUAAUGAGUUGUUACAU